AUGAUGUAUUCUCUCUCUGCAUUGGGUGCUUUGGCCCUAUUCAGCGCUGGUACUGUCCAGGCGAAGCCGUUUCUUCAGAAAAUCAAUGACACCGCACACGUUAUUGGAAAUGAUCUCUGGAAUGUGACGAUCGGACGACAGUACGGCGUGAAGCUGUUCUACAAGGAUACGGAUCUGGUCGGUAAUGCUUGGGGCCACUACGUUAGCUAUAAUGGCGCCCAAUCCGACCUCAACUGGACAUCCGCCAGCAUCCACCACCGCGGCCCCAACUACCUCGACGUGAAAUUCACCGCCCUCGAAGGCGACUUCCACUGGGUGAUCUUCGACCAACUCGCCGGCGCAUACCAAUACUUCGUGAACCACGACCUUCCCACUCUCGGCGAAUUCCGAACCCUCUGGCGUCUCGACAACGGAUCCUUCCCGAACGGCCGCACAAACAUCAAGGACAGCCCACUCCCCGACCUCGCCGAGUAUCCUGUCUCCACGAAGGUGCAGGACGAGACGUGGCAGCGCGCCGACGGGUCUUAUAUCACCAAGUACGACUUUAGUGCGUGGGUUCGGGAUUUGGACUUUUAUGGUGUCUAUGGAGAGGAGUUCGGGUCGUGGUAUAUUAAUCCUGGGAAAGACUAUUAUAACGGGAAUCACCUGAAGCAGGAACUUACUGUGCAUCGCGAGAGCGCGACCGGUGAUGCUGUUCAGUUGAAUAUGAUUCAUGGGACGCAUUUUCAGGUCUCUGCGGUGGAUGAGUUCCCCGAUGGGAAGGUUUGGGGGCCGUGGUUGUGGUAUUUGAACGAUGGCUCAAAAUCCGACGCUGCAGCCCGAGCCAGGAAAGAGGAACAAGCUUGGCCCUACAAGUGGUUCAAGGAUGAGGCCUAUCACACCCGCGGCUCCGUGUCCGGACGACUGCUCCUCUCCGACGGCCGACCUGCCGCCGGCGCGUCUGUGUUCCUGGGCGAUAACAACCCCAGCAAGACGGCGCUAGACAUGGGCUCGGAUUACUACUACACCGAGAAAACAGACAGCCAAGGCCGCUUUACCUUCAAGCAUGUACGUGCGGGCGACUAUGGACUGCAAGCGUGGUCGGACGGGGGCAAGAUCCGGGACGUGACGACGUCGUUCCUGCAGAACGGUGUGACGGUGAAGAAGGACAAGCAAACCCAGCUAGGCAAGUUGCAGUGGAAGAUUUCUGAGCGGAAGAGGCUCUUCCAGGUGGGUGAUUUUGAUCGAAAGUCUUUGGGUUUCAAGCAUGGUGGGGCGCCGUAUCAGCAUGCUCUUGUUGAGGAGUGUCCUGAGGAUCUGGUCUAUACCGUUGGCAAGAGCAAGACCUCGGACUGGUGUUUUGGGCAGUCGGCGAAGGGCACUUGGAGUAUUAAGUUCCCGGUCGAUAAGAAGAACGCGAAAGCGUCUGCGUUGUUGACUGUCUCUUUGGCCGGGUAUUCAUCCGGUACCAAGUCGCGGAUUCUUUUGAAUGGAGACGCGGACAGCCCGAUCGGAAACCUGACGACUCUGCCGAAUGAUCCGGGCAUGUAUCGUUCUGCGACCACGGCGGGAGAGUGGCGGUUGUUCGAAUUUGACGUGCCAGAGGGGAAGCUGCGCGAGGGAUGGAACACGGUAGACUUUGAGGUGACGGAGUCGACGAAGUGGAGAGGAUUCAUGUGGGAUAGCAUUGUUUUCGAGGUUUGA